AUGUCGCAGCAUCCUCGGGGCCAAGAAGAUACAGAUUCUUCAUCAUGGAUGCGGAAUGAGGGGCUGAUACCAGACGAGGUCAAGUUGCCGUCCGCGCCCGACUAUCUCACCAAUAUUAAAAGAGACCUGAACGAAUUUACCCCCAAAUACCCAGUCUAUUACUUUUUCUACGGGACAUUGACAGCACCGGUAACCCUUCAACGAAUCAUCGACCUACCCGAGGAGCCAAAAAUGCGGAAAGCGAAGCUUAUCGGAUACGCGCUUGCGAAAUGGGGCGAUUAUCCUAUGUUGAUAAACAGAGAGCCAGGACAGGAGGUUCCUGGGUACGCGUACAUUGUGCAGAACGAGGAAGAAGCCCAGAAACUUGCGUAUUAUGAGACAAAUGCUUAUAAAGAAGCACACUGCUUGAUUUAUUUUGUUGAUAAUGAAGAGCCUGCCGAAGCGUCAGAAAAGACAUUCGUGUAUGCCGGCGAAGCAAAUGCCUUAUUAGAACAGCGGUUCGACCGCAAACUAUGGCUGCAUCAAAUGGCUGGGAAAUUAGUGUGA